AUGGAUCAUUGUAUAACAACACCAUCACUAUCAGAAUCACAAACAACUGAUGAUUCUGGAAGUUUAUUUAUCAAAAGUGGUGCUGCUUAUCAACAAGCUCGAUCAUUAUGGCGUAUUGAAUGUUUUAACCCUUUCGUACCGUGGUUAUUUUCUGUAAGAAAAUCGAAUGUAUUUAAUGAGAAAGUACCUCUUAUUACACUUGAUGAAAGAGCUUGA